UUAUUUGUUUCCUAUCGGAAGCAUGAAGUAACCACUGUUACACCGCGGGGAGCAGAUAGUUUUAAAUCAAUAAAUCAGCUUUCGGGAGGAUUUAUCGUCAGCCACGAUGUCUCGAGGCUCCAUUGAGAUCCCUUUACGGGACACCGAUGAGGUCAUUGAGCUCGACUUUGACCAGCUGCCAGAAGGAGAUGAGGUCAUCAGCAUUCUGAAGCAGGAGCAUACACAGCUGCACAUAUGGAUCGCUUUGGCGCUGGAGUACUACAAGCAGGGCAAAACAGAAGAUUUUGUCAAGCUUUUAGAAGCAGCUCGCAUCGAUGGAAACCUGGACUACAGAGACCACGAGAAAGACCAGAUGACCUGUUUGGACACAUUGGCUGCUUAUUAUGUCCAGCAAGCACGAAAAGAGAAAAACAAAGAUGCCAAGAAAGAGCUUAUCACGCAGGCCACACUGCUGUAUACCAUGGCAGACAAGAUCAUCAUGUAUGAUCAGAACCAUUUAUUGGGAAGAGCCUGUUUCUGUCUGCUGGAAGGAGACAAGAUGGACCAGGCUGAUGCUCAGUUCCACUUUGUCCUCAAUCAGUCCACCAAUAACAUCCCUGCCUUACUUGGUAAAGCGUGCAUCUCCUUUAAUAAAAAGGAUUAUAGAGGAGCACUAGCAUACUACAAAAAGGCUCUACGUACAAAUCCCGGAUGCCCAGCGGAGGUGAGACUGGGCAUGGGUCACUGUUUUGUGAAGCUGAACAAACUGGAGAAGGCUCGCCUGGCUUUCGGUCGUGCCCUAGAGCUGAAUUCAAAGUGUGUGGGAGCUCUCGUUGGUCUGGCGGUGUUGGAGCUCAACAACAAGGAGGCAGACUCCAUCAAGAACGGCGUGCAGCUCCUGUCGAGGGCUUAUACCAUCGACCCCAGCAACCCCAUGGUGCUCAACCACCUCGCUAACCACUUCUUCUUCAAAAAGGACUACAGUAAAGUGCAGCAUCUGGCCCUCCAUGCUUUCCACAACACUGAAGUUGAAGCCAUGCAGGCUGAGAGCUGUUACCAGUUAGCUCGCUCGUUUCACGUACAGGGCGACUACGACCAAGCGUUUCAGUAUUACUACCAGGCAACUCAGUUUGCCUCGUCCACCUUCGUGUUGCCCUUCUUUGGUUUGGGACAGAUGUACGUGUACCGGAGAGACAAGGAAAACGCAGCACAGUGCUUUGAAAAGGUUUUAAAGGCCUACCCCAAUAACUAUGAAACCAUGAAAAUCCUGGGGUCUCUCUAUGCAACAUCUGACGACCAGGAAAAGAGAGACAUUGCCAAAGGUCAUUUAAAGAAGGUAACGGAGCAAUAUCCAGAUGAUGUGGAGGCGUGGAUUGAGCUCGCGCAGAUCUUGGAGCAGACUGACAUCCAAGGAGCGCUGUCUGCUUAUGGCACAGCCACUCGAAUUCUGCAGGAGAAGGUGCAGGCUGAUGUUCCUCCUGAGAUUCUCAACAACCUGGGUGCUCUGCACUUCAGGCUGGGUAAUCUUGGAGAAGCCAAGAAAUAUUUCCUGGCGUCUCUGGAUCGGGCCAAAGCUGAGGGAGAGCACGACGAGCAUUACUACAACGCCAUUUCUGUCACCACCUCCUACAAUCUGGCCCGUUUGUACGAGGCUAUGUGUGAAUUCCAUGAAGCGGAGAAACUCUACAAAAACAUUCUCAGGGAGCAUCCUAACUACGUGGACUGUUACUUGCGUCUUGGAGCGAUGGCUCGAGACAAAGGGAACUUUUACGAAGCAUCAGACUGGUUCAAAGAAGCCCUGCAGAUCAACCAGGAUCAUCCCGACGCCUGGUCCCUGAUUGGAAACCUUCACUUGGCGAAACAGGAGUGGGGGCCGGGCCAAAAGAAGUUUGAACGAAUCCUGAAGCAGCCGUCCACGCAGAACGACACCUACUCCAUGUUGGCUCUGGGUAACGUUUGGCUGCAGACGCUGCACCAGCCGACCAGAGACAGAGAGAAGGAAAAGAGACAUCAGGAUCGAGCGUUGGCCAUUUACAAACAAGUCCUACGCAACGAUUCCAAGAACCUCUACGCUGCCAAUGGCAUCGGUGCUGUCCUUGCCCACAAGGGCUACUACAGAGAGGCCCGCGACGUGUUUGCACAGGUGAGGGAGGCCACGGCGGACAUCAGCGACGUCUGGCUGAAUCUGGCUCACAUCUACGUGGAACAAAAGCAGUACAUCAGCGCCGUGCAGAUGUACGAGAACUGCCUGAAGAAAUUCUACAAAUACCAGAACACGGAGGUGCUGCUGUACCUCGCACGGGCGCUUUUCAAAUGUGGUAAACUCCACGAGUGCAAGCAGAUGCUACUCAAGGCGCGCCACGUGGCACCCAGUGACACAGUGCUGAUGUUCAAUGUGGCCCUGGUGCUUCAGAGACUGGCCACUCUGGUGCUGAAAGAUGAGAAGAGCAACUUGAAGGCUGUGCUCAGUGCCGUCAAAGAGCUGGAGCUGGCUCACAGGUAUUUCAGCUACCUCAGCAAGGCCGGAGACAAGAUGAGGUUUGACCUCGCUCUUGCUGCUUCUGAAGCAAGGCAGUGCUCCGACUUGCUGAGUCAGGCUCAGUACCACGUGGCAAGAGCCAGGAAGCAAGAUGAGGAGGAGAAGGAGCUCCGGGCCAAACAGGAGCAGGAGAGGGACUUACUGCGCCAGCAGCUGAUGAAGGAACAGGAAGAAAAGCGGAACAGAGAGGUGGAAGAACAGAAGAAGCUCCUGGAGCAGAGAGCUCUGUACGUGGAGAAGACCAAGAGCCUGCUCACCUUCGCCGAGGGCUCGAAGGAAUCGUCCAAAGAAAAGAAGAAGGGAGGCAGCGGUGGCGGACGUCGUAAGAAAGGAGACAUGGACGAGUUUGUCAAUGACGACUCUGACGAGGAUCUGCCAGUGAGGAAGAAGAAGAGGAAGAGCGGAAGCGGCAGUGAGCAGGACGAGGGCGAGGAUGGAGAGAAGAAGAAAAAGAGGAGGAGACCGACGAAAGCAGGAAACGACGAUAGUGACGAUGAAGAAGGCGAAUCCCGACCCAAGAAGCAGCGUAAACCCAAAGAACGCAAGAGGAUCGAGAAGGCCAAACCUGAGCGUUUGCCACCGUCUCUCAAAGGAAAGAUCAAGUCCAAGGCCAUCAUCUCCUCCUCGGAAUCCUCCUCAGAUGAGGAUGGACUGAAAAUAGCCGAGGACAGGAACCAAAGAGACAGUGGUUCAGGAUCGGAUGAGGAGGGAGGCCACAAGAAGCGCAUCGCCUCCGACAGUGACUCAGACGGAGGGAGGAACCCCUCCGGCAGUGAGGCCGGCAGCCCCCGCCGCUCUGCAGGCAGCCCCCGCCGCUCUGCGGGCUCCGACGAUGACUCUGGCAGCGACCGCCCAGGGAAGAAGAGGAGGGUGCUGCGACAGUCCGACUCUGAGCAGUCGGACAACGAGAGCAAGAGGAGCCGAUCUGGAUCGGACGAGUCUCGGCCCGGUUCGCCCGUUGCAGCAUCCGACCGAGGAUCUGAUAGGGGAUCCGAAGUGGGCUCAGACAACGAGGGCUCCCCACGCCGCUCUGACAACGCGUCUGAACCUGAAGCGUCCAACAACGACGCGUCAGACAGCGAUUAAACCGUGGAAACCUCCUCAUAGACUUAAAACUCUCCACAUCUGUGUUUUUUACUUUAUAUUCAAAGUGGAGAUUUCUGUCCGUACGUGUCGACUAAGAUUAGAGAAGUAUUUUUGGUUCGGCCUCAGUUUGUUUCUCGUGUCUCACUAGAAAUGUCUUAUCACGGUUUGUUUUGCUAAAAAGGCGUAAACAUCAAUUUUCUAUCCACGUCAGACAAAGACGCUGACAUGAAACAAAUUAAGAUGCGUCAACAAAAUGUUGAAUAAAAAGAAAGAAAAGACUUUGGAAUGGUGUUGAGUCAUUUUGAGAGACUGUUACAUCAACACAAAUACAGUUUUUCAUCUAUAAUGUAAAUGAAAUGUCGGGGGGUAAAAUCAAAGUGGUUGACAACUUAAAUGUCAGUAACCUCACUAGAAAUGUAAGAAAUAGUUUCAAAUGCUUCUUAAAGUGCAACCAGUUUGCAUCACAGUUGACCAUUAAUGAGUAAAAUGGUUAACUUAAUAUCUAAAUAUACCUUUUAAUAUCAA